CUUGAAUUUGACAAAAAAUUGAAAUUUAUUGUUUUGAUGUAGAAUCUACAUUCUGAUUUUGGUCUUUGGGGAUCUGUGAUAAAAUGAAUCAUUUGAUGUAAAUUCACAAAUUUGAAUGGAAGUGUUGAUAAAUUUGGAUUCUGGAUGAUUUCAUAAAACAGAUUUGGUACAGUAAAAUUAAUAACCUUAUCUAAGUCCUGCAUCUUUAUCUAUGCCGGAAUUGGUUGAGUUUUUCUCAUAAGAAAUUCAUUAUGUCAAACUGAAGAAAAUAAAAAGGGAAAAAAAGAUUGGAUUUUUACCAGUUUGCAGAGCUGCAGAAUGGAAAUAGGCCAAGGCAGUUCAUGGAUCCCAGCAACUCCUGGGAAGCCAAAUUUUACAGAAUCGCCACCAAUUUGCAGUAACGGACAGGAAAACCAGCAAGCUCAAGUUGAUUGGUCAGAUUUGCAAAGAAAACAAGCACUAGAACAUGCUACUGGCAGCACGGCUGAAGCUCAAAAUGCUGCUGCACAUCGCGGUUCAACAAGUUCAGUAGAAGAUCAGUGCUUCAUGACCUCGGAAGCAGCAGUGGGAGAAAAGUCUGAAAUGAGUGAAGGUGGUAUAAAUAUGUACAAUAACUUCCCUAGUGAUAAUGUAGACUUGUGGAGUAGUGUGUCUUUCGGGGAUCUGUUGGCGAUGGCACAUGCUGGUGGCAGUGGCACCACGCCAGCUGACGAAACAGCUUAUAGUGUGAAGAGUUCUUUCCAACCGCUCAUCAAUGCUCAGAAUGCAGAUGAAAGCUCUAUUUUAUCCAGCUUCCCUUUCAACUUGAAUUCACCUUCAAAAAUGACGGGUGCAACCUUGAGCAGCAACAUCCUGUUCCAGUUCGAACCAGUAACACCAGAUAUGAUGAAGAUUAAAGGGCAAGCAUCUAAUGCAUCAAACCUAGAUAUUAAUGUGACAACAGCAGCAAGUGUUAUACAGUCAAAUGAGGAUAUAAUAAAGAGAGCUGAAGCAAAUGAACUCCAACAGAAUAAAGAGCAGUCAGUGCUGAUCUUGGAAGGAAAACUGGAUACUGAACUGAAUAAUACACCAGAGCAAAAACCAAGACGAAGAAAGCACAGGCCCAAAGUGAUUGUAGAAGGCAAGCCUAAAAGGACUCCUAAACCAAGAAUCCAAAAGCAGCCUGAUUCAGAGGAGACAAAGACAGAAAAGAGGAAGUAUGUCCGAAGAAACAAGGUUGGCGAACCUGCAGCCACUUUUGCAGAAGAGGUAAACAAUACAAUUUGUCACGAGGGAAAGCCUCCUAGUUCCGAGAAAACCCCAACAGCAAAAAGGAAGUAUGUCAGAAGAAAUCAAGUGAACAAGAGCACGGAAAAACCUUCUGAAGAAGGAAGCAGUGGAACAACUGGCAGACCCGUAGCCACCUCCGCAGAAGAGGUAAAGAAUACAGCUUUUCACGAGGGAAAGGCUCCUAGUUCCAAAGAAACUCCAACAGCAAAAAGGAAUGUCAGAACAAAUCAAGUUAACAUGAGCAUGGAAAAACUCUCUGAAGAGGGAAGCAGUGGAACAAUUGACCCAACAGAAGUUCCUCAUUCUAGAAAAACCUGCAGGAAAUCGUUGAGUUUUGAAUUGGAAAGCCAAGCAAGUGAUGAGUAUUCAUCAUACAGGCCCUCAACUUUGGAUUUGCAUGCAUAUAAUUACGGGUCAACAGCACAGUCUGCUCAGCUUGGACAAGGUAAAGAAGCCACAAGUGAAGAAACAGAAGUGGGCAUAACUCAUAACAUCACCCGCUCCCUGAACCAGGAGGUGAGAAAUUACUUAUCACAGCGUGGAAUGCAGUACCUUGGUCCUCCAACUCCAGACAAGGUUGGCUGGAAUCAUGACAAAGCCAUGGUUGGGAAUCACAAUGAAAGCACAAGAAGAAAUAGCAGAAUCAUUUUUUCAGAUUUAACUCAUGAUAAACAGGCAAGCAUACUACAAAUGACACCACAGAGCCUGAAUUUUUCCAACUGCAGCAGCAGUUCAUGCUUACCACAUGGGAAAAGCUUGAAAAGACAGCAUUCAUGUAGAACUGAUGAAGCACAAUUCUACAGCAUAAAUGCCAGAGGGGCGUAUUUCAAUUCUAUGCAGGCUUAUCAAGCAAUCCUUCCAGCAAAUAAACCUGAUGUUUAUAGUAAUGUAGGGAUGCAUUUUCCUGCUAUUUACAAGAAAAUGAGAGCAGAAAAGGGCCACAUCUCAACAUCAUCUUACAUCCAACUUUUUACUGGUGAAACUAACUACGUGCCUUCAUCUCAGUGCAAUAUCAGUGGUUCCCCUAGCAACAAUUCUGCCACCAAUAUAGGCAAUUACGGAAUGUGGAAUUCCAAUGUUAUGCCAACAUUUGUGGAAGCAGAGAGGUUAAGGAAGAAGAGAUCAAACGGCGCAACUCAAGUACAUGACAUUGCAUCUCUGCGUGAAAUUUACAAACAAUUUCCAACUUCCACAUCUAAAGAAGCACCAAUAUAUGGAUUUGGAGAAAGAUAUAAAACUUCACAUCUAUCCAGUGCAUGCAUGGGAACUCCAAUUGCAGACACCCAAGCAGCAAUGAAGAAAAAAAGGCAGUCAAAGAAGAGCAUCCUUGUCAGCUCGGCAGCUUCCAACUUAUAUACCCAUCAACAUCUCACAAAAAAUGCAAGAGGUUCUCUGCCAGCUUUAACAUGGAGAGGCAUGUCUCCAAUCGAUGAAAUUGCAGAACACUUGCGGCAUCUUGAUUUAAAUAGAGAAAGCAGCCAAAAUCAAGGUCAACAUGGAAUCACCUACCACACCAAGUUUCAAAAGGAGAGUGCCCUUGUUCUUUAUCAAAGAGAUGGAAGUAUUGUCCCUUUUGGAAGUUCGUUAGUUAGAAAACGAAAACCACGACCAAAAGUUGAUGUUGAUGAUGAGACUGAUAGGGUAUGGAAGCUUUUGCUGCAAGAUAUAAACAGUGAAGGCAUUGAUGGGACAGAUGAAGACAAGGCAAAAUGGUGGGAGGAAGAACGUCGAGUGUUUAAUAGUAGAGCAGACUCAUUUAUUGCACGCAUGCGUCUUGUCCAAGGAGACAGGCGCUUCUCACCUUGGAAGGGAUCUGUUGUGGACUCUGUAGUUGGGGUAUAUCUUACACAGAAUGUUUCAGAUCACCUUUCUAGUUCUGCAUUCAUGUCACUCGCUGCCCACUUUCCUCUGAAGACAGACAGUAGUCAGAAGCAUGAAGGAAACACAGGUAUUAUAAUUGAAGAACCUGAAGAGUGUGCAACGGACCCCAAUGUUUCUAUCAGAUGGUAUGAAGAUCAACCAAAUCAGUCAACCCAUUGUCAGGAUUCUUCAGGAGUCUAUAAUACAGAUUCAAAUGAAGAAAAAGCAGCUGUCAAUGACUCUGAAUCAAGUGAAUAUAGCACACAAUGCAUAAAGUCAGCAGAAUGUUCUGUAAUUCUGCAAUCAGAUUCUUCUAGAGAAGGCUCAGAUCUGUAUCAUGGAUCAACAGUUACAAGUUUCCAAGAUCGAAAAGAGUUGAAUGAUUUGCCUUCUUCUCCAAGUUCUGUAGUUUCUUCUGAGAAUUCUGCAGUUAUUCAAGCUUCAGAAGGAACUGACUCAAGCAACUUUUGCAGCUCCACUUCUUUUUUGAAGCUAUUACAGAUGGCAGGAACUUCAGGAGCACGAGGAACCCGGUGCACUGAACAUUUACAAGAAGGUGAAAACGUUCCAUUCCUUGGCAAGGAACUUAUUGCCCCCCAAAAAAGUGUGUUGUCGGCAGAAUCUGCACAUUCAGCACUGUACACAAUGAACCCUCAAAAUAAGUUGGACAUAGAGACAGUGACUGAUGCAGAAGACAAUGUUGAACUACAAUUUCCAACUGAAGAUAGCAAUUGCAAUGUCCAGCAAGUUCCAGAAGCCCCAACCAAUUCAGAAACCAUUGAAAAUGUCACAGAAAGGGCCAGCGUAGUUUUUGAUUCAUGCAAGCCUGAGCAAAGAGGUUUGGAGUCAAACUUGAAAAAUGACAGUAAUCAUGUCCGUAGCAAAGUAGACAAAGUAAAUGACAGUCCUUCUAAAGCAAAAAAUGGACGGCUUGGGAAGGAGAAAGAGAACAUUGAUUGGGACAGCUUACGGUUACAAGCCCAGGCAAAUGGCAAGAAAAGAGAAAAAUCAGCAAACACAAUGGAUUCACUGGACUAUGAAGCAGUGAGGUGUGCAAAUGUCAAUGAGAUAGCCCAUACAAUUAGAGAACGAGGAAUGAACAACAAGCUGGCAGAGAGAAUCCAGGCUUUUCUUAACCGGAUUGUUAGUGAUCAUGGAAGCAUUGAUCUUGAAUGGCUGAGAGAUGUUCCACCAGACAAAGCAAAAGAGUAUCUACUGAGCAUAAGGGGCUUGGGUCUAAAGAGCGUGGAGUGUGUGAGACUUUUAACACUUCACCACCUUGCUUUCCCUGUUGACGUAAAUGUAGGGCGUAUAGCUGUUAGACUAGGGUGGGUGCCCCUGCAGCCGUUGCCUGAGUCACUACAGUUGCAUCUUCUGGAACUGUACCCAAUACUGGAGUCAAUUCAACAGUACCUAUGGCCACGUCUUUGCAAGCUUGAUCAAAGAACAUUAUAUGAGCUACAUUAUCAUAUGAUCACCUUUGGGAAGGUCUUCUGUACAAAAAGCAAACCCAAUUGCAAUGCAUGUCCAUUGAGAGGAGAAUGCAGACACUUUGCAAGUGCAUUUGCAAGUGCAAGGCUUGCCCUUCCCGCGCCGGAAGAGAAAAGCAUUGUCAGUGCAACAGAACACAAAGCCACUAACAACAAUCCAAGGGAAAAUUUCACGCACCUGCCUCUGCCAUUACCUCCGGGUAAUCAACAACCAGUGGAGAAUCAGAAAUUGAUCAAAUCAGCUCCUAUUAUUGAAGUGCCAGCAACACCAGAGCCCAUUGUUGAAGUUCCUUCCACACCUGAGCAAGAGCAAAUACAAGCACCAGAAAUUGACAUAGAAGACGCUUACUUUGAAGAUCCUAAUGAAAUUCCUAUGAUUGAAUUGAAUAUGGCAGAGUUUACUCAAAAUGUAAAGAAGUAUGUGGAAAACAAUAUGGAGCUUCAUCAGGUAGAAAUGUCGAAUGCCUUAGUAGCCUUGACUUCAGAAGCUGCAUCAAUUCCCACGCCUAAACUUAAGAAUGUUAGCCGGCUCAGAACUGAACAUCAAGUCUAUGAACUUCCAGAUUCUCAUCCUCUUUUGGAAGGGUUGGACAAAAGAGAACCAGAUGAUCCUUCUUCCUAUCUUCUUGCUAUUUGGACACCAGGUGAAACAGCAAAUUCAAUGCAACCUCCAGAAACUCAGUGCAACUCUCAAGAAUCUGGCCAACUAUGUGAAGAUGAGACUUGUUCCUCAUGCAACAGCAUACGUGAAGCACAAUCUCAAACAGUAAGAGGGACUCUUCUGAUACCAUGUCGAACAGCUAUGAGAGGAAGCUUUCCACUCAAUGGUACAUACUUUCAGGUCAAUGAGGUGUUCGCGGACCAUGACUCCAGCCUUAACCCAAUCAAUGUCCCAAGGGAUUGGCUGUGGAAUCUCCCACGGCGGACUGUCUACUUUGGAACCUCAAUACCCACGAUAUUCAAAGGUUUAAACACAGAAAGUAUCCAACACUGCUUUUGGAGAGGGUUUGUUUGUGUGCGAGGAUUUGAUCAUAAGACGCGAGCACCUCGACCGCUAUUGGCAAGGUUCCAUUUUCCAGCCAGCAAGUUAAAUAGGACUAAUGGGAAAACAAAUGAAGACAAAGGAGUAGCCUCCUGAAUAUAGCUACCCAAGUACUCAUGCCAAAGCCAAAACAAUCUAACAACAUUCAGUAUCUAAACCAGUCGGUAAAAAGAAGAUAGGUGUAUCUGGUUAACUUGUAAAUGAGAUAAUAAGUUUUUUUUAGGUAAAAGUUAUGGAGUUUCUUUAGUUAGCAACAAUUUAUUGAAUUAUUCAAUCAGUUUAUUCCUAAUUAGCUUGAAUUCCGC